AUUUCUCCACUUUGGGAGUAAUAGGAGAUCGGGACGAAGGCGGCUUUCUAUCCAGCCCCCUCCGUUUUCAUCCCUACCAUGCUGCUUUAAAAUAAAAAGACACCAUUGAAGUUUUAAUACAAAUGCCUCUUCCGUACAAUUCCUCAAAAUCACCCCCCGUCACGGUAGACCAUUUUUUUUUUCGUGUCUACACUGUCUGCUGGGAGAUGUACGCAGAUCGGCUUGCCGUGGGAACUAAGGGAUCCAUUAGGGACCGUCUCCAUGGCGACGUCGGCAACUAUCUUCGCCGGACCCAUUCUUUCAACGGGAAAAGGAAAUGGCAAGUUGAAGAAAACAAAGGGCAGCAUGACCUUUAUGAAGAUGGAGUAGAACCACAAAUUUCUUAUCCCUUAGUUGGUCCCAGUGAUCUCCGAGUGAAGCUUCAAAAGACAAGUAUACAGAAAAUCAAACAACUUGGAAAAGACUCAGGAAUCUGGGAUCUUGGCCGAAAGCUAUCAACUCUUCCACAUCCUCAGCCUAAAUCUGAUCAAUCCAAAGCUAAGCCUGUAAAUGAGAAAAUUACAUCUGUUGUAAAAGGUGCACCCUCUACUGAAGAGCCAGUCCCAGAAAUGAAAAAGGUGUCAAGCCUGACUGACACUAUAGAAAGGUCCCUCCAAAAGUCUAAUUCAUCUAUUGAGAGCUUGCUGCAGUCACUGGGCCUGGAGAAAUAUUUGAUUACAUUCAUGGCAGAGGAGGUCGACAUGAUGGCACUUAAGCAUAUGACUGACAAUGAUUUAAAGGCCUUGGGGAUUCCUAUGGGUCCAAGGAAGAAGAUACUUCUGGCAUUGAAUUCCCAAAUCCACAUCUCAGGGGAUUAGAGCAUUCUUGUGGCUGUUCUCAACAUAGCGAGGCGUGAGGCUUUCUUUAUCAGUCAUGCAAGUCUUAUUUGACACAAAUUUGGUUUGAAGUUGUGCAUCAUGAGUUUCGCUUUGAUUGAUGUGGCAAGUGAGAACUAAUGGGUAGAUAUUUUAAGUACAAUACUCAAAAGAAGGGAGUUUUAGGUCAA